GGCUUGGCUCAGUGUAGAAAUUUCCUUUGGCACGCUUGGUCGCUCGAGCGGUUGCAGGUCGUCAAUGGUGGACUGUUGAAGUCGCCGCGUCAUUAUUUGACAUUGUUUUUCGAGGCGCCGCCGUCGGUUGCAACCACACAUCGCGUCGCAUCGCAUCGCGUCGCAGUUAAAAGCAAAACAGCAGCAGCAGCAGCAGCAAGCAGCGCAACAUUUGCAACAUCGAUUGCCAACCGUGAAAUGCUAUGCUAGAUUGUGAAAUAAAAUCGCAUACCAAUACAAACUAAUAUAUCCCGAUAUCCCGAAAAGGGGAACAAAAUAAGAAAGUUUGCCCUAAACAAGAGUGAAAGAUGGAAAAAACCAAACUCAAUAAGAUUAAAGUGUGUGCAAAAUCAGUUAACAGCAGCAAUAGAAGCAACAACAAAUGAGUGAAUUAUAGUGACAAAUGAAUAAAAGCGAAAAGUGACAGUGAAUAAUGUUGAGAGCGCCCACUCAGCACAUCGUGCAAAUCGGCUUCGGAACGAAGACGACCACAACAACCACAACAGCAGCAGCAGCAACAGCAGCAGCAGCAACAGCAGCAUCUGCAGCAGCAGCAACAUCGACAGCAGCAGCAGCAACAACACCAAGCGGCAAGCAGCAGCAGCGGAAAACGCUGUUGCAACGCUUCCGGCAGCAGCAACACAAGUUGCCAAAAGUCGCAGCAGAGAAGACACAUGACACAGAAUAUUAUUUCAAGCAGCAACAGCAACAGCAGCAGCAUCAGCAAACUUCUUCCUAUCAGCAAGGCGACAAUUGUUUGUUGUUUCUUGCAACAGCGUUGAACUCAAACUCGGAACAGUUGCUGAAGAAGCCGAAGAAGAAAAAGGAGUCGAGCAGCUACAAUUUCGCAGCAGCACUGAGGCGCAACAAGAAGCCAAAACAGCAGACGCAGCAGCAACUGGCAACUUCCACGGACGACGACGACAGUUGCCGCAGCAUCAAUAGCAUCAACAGCAACUGCAGCAGCAGCACCAGUGGCGGCAGCAGCCACAGUUUGUCUAAUAGUUGCAUUAACAAUCAUAACAACACUCAUUAUAGAAACAGUAAAAACAGCAGACACAGCAGUAGCAACAACAACGACUACAGUGGUAAUUACAAUUGCAAAACAAGCGAACAACAAGCGUGGAAAGCCAGUGCAGCACAACAACUGCUCAUUAGUGAUCGGAAUUAUCCCAGCAGUAUCAACACCAGCAACAACACCAACAGCAGCAACAACACCAACAGCAGCAGCAACAACAACCACAGCGGUGGCCACAACAUCAUGUCACCCACCUCGCAGGCGCCCACCCGAACCUCCCUCUUCGAUUCCUGUCAUCGAAAGAUCCGCCUGAUCGGCGGCGGUCCAGUUGCCUUCUUGGGCGGAUUGGUUGCCAAGGCCCGUCGCAAGGAACGCGAUGGCGAUCAAAAUUCAACAGACACCAAAUUGUAUUUGGAGGAAAGUGUCCUAGAACGUAAAUUACCUGAAGCUGAUCUCAAAGCCCUGGUGGAUCUUCCAGCUGGUUUGGACUACAAUGAAUGGCUAGCGUCACACACCCUCGCUCUAUUUGAGCACGUGAAUUUGGUCUAUGGAACUAUUAGUGAAUUUUGUACACAAUCCGGUUGCGCUGACAUGACCGGACCCGGCAACAGAACGUACUUAUGGUUCGACGAGAAGGGCAAGAAGACGCGCGUCGCAGCACCACAGUACAUCGACUAUGUGAUGACGUUCACCCAGAAGACGGUCAGCGAUGAGUCGAUAUUCCCAACCAAAUACGCCAACGAGUUCCCCGGCUCGUUCGAGUCGAUUGCGCGGAAGAUACUACGCUUGCAAUUUCAUGUGAUAGCGCAUCUGUAUGCGGCGCAUUUCAGAGAAAUCGCGCUGCUCGGCUUGCACACCCAUCUAAAUCUGACGUUCGCGCACCUCACCGCUCUGCAUCGGCGCUUCAAUUUGAUCGACGAGAAGGAGACGGACGUGCUGCGUGACCUUGAGGUGGCCCUGCGCCUCACCGACGACACCGGUGGAUGCCAGGAUGCUACCUCCACGACGUCGUCGGUCCAUGACCACUCCUCCGGCGAUCUCCACCAUCAGGCGCUGCAACAGCAGCAGCAACAGCAGCAGCAACACCAUAACAGCAGCAGCAACAGCACCUCCUCGGCGGAGGCGUUGCACGUCAAUUCACAAAGCAACAAUGGCAGCACAUCCGCCUCGGCAUCGGUGUCCCUAAUCGAUGGCGAUGCGGUGGCGCCGCCAAUUUGCACGCAACCCGAGGCGGGAGCGGGCUGCAAGCCAGCGGGCAGCAGCGGAUUGCUGGGCGGUAUACUGGGCGACCUGACCAGCGGCGAAUUUGGUGAUACAACGCGCUACUGCACCUCGGCAGUUCCUCAGGCGGCGGCAGCAGCGGCAGCGGGUGCGGGUGUGGGUGGGGUUGGGGCAGCGAUCGGUGCCACGGAUGCUGCCGCAUUGAACAACGGCGCGGGCGCACUACAUUUAAACUUUAGCAACAAUAAUAACAAUAAUCAUAAUCUGAAUCACCAUCACCACCAUCAUCACCACCAUGGCCACCAUGGCCACCAUCAUGCGGCCCAGCAGCACCAGCAGCAGCAACAGCACAGUGGACUCAUACAGUGCAAUGCAGCAGGCGGCGGAGGGAAUGCAACAGGGGUAGCCACUGGCGGAGCAACUGCAGCAGCGUCCUCGACCACCACGGCAUAGUGGGGUAGUAGCUACAAAGAGAGCAGCAGCGGCGGCAGCGGCAGCAACAGCAACAACAAAAAACAUUAGAAAUACUAGAUUUACGCAAAAAUGUUAUUUAAUGUUACUUCUAUGAUCCUAAAGUUGAAAAUAUUGUAAAAAUAAUAAAAAAAAAAAAAGAGAAAACAUUAAAAUGCAUAAACAGCUAAUUGCAAACAACAAGCGCAGGCAUUACAUAAAUGACACACAGCUACUAAGUUAUUCAAAAGCUAAUCGAAGUUGGCAUCGUAGUUCCGUAACGUUGAUUUAGAUAUGUACUUAUUGUAUAGAACGACAGAGAAGAGCUGCAAGCAUAGAGUUUAGAGUUGUCGCGUGCUUAUGCUUUACACGUAUUUUAACCUUUCUCUUCUGCAACAAAUAAAAUGUCCUGACUGAAGCCAGAGUGCAAAUGCAAAGUCAACGCCUUCAAGGCAAUCAUAAUAAAGAGUUUUGAACUGCUACAAAAGAUGAUAAGAGUUCACUUUUAAAAAAUUAUACAGCAACAGAAUGCUCUCAUUUCGGCUUGGUUUUCUUUGUAUAUUGUUUAAAGCCAAACUUCAUACAUUAUUUACCUCAAGAAAUACGUUUAAUAAACCUAACUUAUAUAA